UCUCUCCACACGAUCCCAUCGCAUCAAUGAUCAUGUGACCCUAAUUAGCCUCCUACCUUUUAAUUUCUUCUCAUUAAUCAUUUAUUUAUUACCACUAAUCAUCCCGAAAGUUGACUGCUUUAAUCCUUAAUCUCGGUCCCUCCGACCGUUAAUCAACCUAGCGAAAAAGCGAGAGAAACCCUAAAGGGGAUGACAGAUGUUUGCUCUUUUGCCACCGAGAGAGAAAAAGGAAGAAGAAGAAGAAGAAGAAGAAGAAGAAGAAGAAUUGAGAGGAGCUGCUCUGAUCUUCUGUUUUCAUGGCGUCUCCAACUGGGAAGAGGAGCAGAGAUCCCGAAGAGGACGAGAUGUACCUCGAUAACUUCCAUUCUCACAAAAGAUAUCUCAGUGAGAUAAUGGCAUCCAGUCUGAAUUGUUUGACUGUGGGGGAUUCUCUGGCAGAGAAUCUCAUGGAGUCUCCUUCAAGGGAUGAAGUGACUGCACCCUACUCUCCAAUGUCAGAAGACUCUGAUGAUCCUCGCUUCAUCUGUGACCCCCUUUUUAGCACAUCCAUCCACUCUGACAUCAUCAGCAGACCGACCAGCCCGGUCUCCCCUCACAGGCAUCAGAAACCAAUAUCCGGAUUAUUUUCUUCUAUAAAUCAAUACCCUUUCCCCUCUUGCACUCUCCCGUCAGUGGUCUGCUCCUAUCCUCGGCAACGUAGGUCAGACUCAGAGGGCCGGUUCCCAUCCUCACCGAGUGAUGUAUGCCACACUGCAGAUCUCAGAAAAGCUGCACUUUUGAGGUCAGUUCAGAUGAGAACACAGCCUAAUUGCUCGGUUGUUCAUGGAGUACAAGGCAAUAUGCAGAGUUUAGGAGAGGAUCAUAGAGGAUGUUCUUGUGAGAAGAGUUCGGACGAGGAAGUUGAGUACCAUCAGAGUCUUGAUCAGGUUGAGCAUUUCGAUGAGACGUUUUCGGAUGCCAAUUUGAAUCAGGAGGAGAAAUGUUUUGAUGUGAGAUUCUCACCAGAGAGACGUCGAAGAUCAUGCUGAAGAGAAUUGUUUUUUUAGCAUACUAGUCAAGUUUUCUCGAUGUAAAGAUAUGUCUAUACUGAGUGUUUAUGUGCCCAAGGAGGUCUUGAUUAAUUGAUAAGGCCAGAAGUCGGGUAUUGUGUUGCAUUUGAUGAUGAAUGUUGUUUGUCAUAAAGGAAGAUAGUUUGAAGGGAA